AUGACAAUGAGACUCGACUUUGAGCAACAGCAGCCGAUUGUAUCAGCAGCAGCAACAGGAGCCAAGGAUAUCAAAUGCAUCUACAACUGUCCAUGCUUCUGCUGCCGACAGGGCUGCUGCGUUCUAGUAUGCUGCUGCAGCUGCACUAACCUAAGCCUGAUAUGCUGCACAACAUGCAGCAGCAGCAGCAGCAGCGGCAGCGGCAGCCUCUGUGCGUCAGCGCCGCGGCUCAAGGCGAAUGCCUGCAUUCAGGUGGCGGCCAUAAUGGUACUUGGCGUGGUCGUCACAAUUGCCCGUCAAUGGAUGGUUGCACUCCUGGCGCUGAUGACCAGAUACAUAACGCUGUAUAAGAUGGGCCACCAAAUAGCUGCACCGAGCUCCAUAGCAACGCCUAACAGCACGCCGGCCAGCAAUGGAGACGGCAAAUUGAAGGAACAGUAUGGGCACGGUCACGCUUCCUAUGACAUCACGAAUGACCAACAGCUGAAGACGAACAACCUGUGUAAGAUGUUUUGCAAUAAUCGCAAGAGGCAGAGAAGACGACGUCGGCGUCGCCGUCGCCGACGGCGCAGGCACAACAACAACAACAACAACGGCAGCAGACAGCAGACCGGCAGCAGCAAAAUGCAACAAUAUCAGGAUAGUAGCAUAUUUCUGCCAAGUCUGCAAGUGCUGCGAGAACGAGAAGGAGACAGCGCAAAAGCAACAGCAACAGUAACAGCAAAAAUACGUACGCGAAAUUCGACGUCGUCGUCUUUAAAGACUUUCGUCUCAUCAUGGCCAUCGAGCAGCAAUUACGGCACAAUGCGCCAUUUUUCUAAAGCCAAACGCAACCGUGCGAAUCUAGUGUGGCUGCUAAUUUGUCUGUUUUGGCUUGAGGUUAAGCUGAUCAACUGCAAUGCCAUUGCGAGUAGCGGCGGAUAUGUUUCAAGUCUGGUCACACAGAAGGGUUGCACUUUGUGCCAGCUUGAGGAGGGCAAUUUUUACAGCGAUAAGCAUAACCCACACACAGACUACAACAACAACAACAACAAUGACAAGUACAAUAACCACAACAAUAACAACAACAACAACAAUUACAUCUAUAAGAAAACUAAUCGAAACCAUAACAAUAUUGGGCUGAGCGACCGGGUUCGGUUGGAGUCGAUAAAGCGACAAAUCCUAACGAAACUUGGACUCACCCAUAAACCAAAUGUAUCUCAUCCGCUACCCAAACAGUUCAUCUGGGAGACGAUUUAUCGGGCAGACGGCGGCCAAAUGGUUACCAACGAUGUCUUUGAUAGCGACAUCCUGAGCGAUCAGCGAAAAAGGCUGCAGACCGCUGCCGAGAUCAAUGACUACCACCACCCAAUGACUGCUCCCAAUGUGGAAACGGAUCAGAAUAAUUCUGCCAUUAAAAAUGUGGCAUACACGAUUAAUAGUAGGAGCACCAAGAGCAGCCACAAAGGAAAUCUAUUAAGAAAUCGAACAGCCGAAAGGACUGCAACACAUUCACAGAGAAAUACCGGCACUUGGUCGUGGAACGAUUCAAUUAAAACAAAGGGCACAAGGGCCAGUUCACCAUUGCGAGUCGCCAGAAAAGAGGAACAGGUGGUGGAUGGUGUCAACAGGAAAUCCAAGUCAAAUGCUUAUAGAAAAUCAACAUAUCUUAUUGAUAUAAAUCGUAGUAGUGAUAGUGAUAGCACCAAUAACGACAUAAGCGGCGGCGGCGGCUUCGAGCACAAUGAUCAUAUUUAUUUUAAUGAUUACAGCGUCCAGAUACAUGCCAAAGACCAUAAACAGAAACCUCCCAACCAGCCGCCCAAUAAUGCUCGAGGCAAAAAGAAAGAAGCCCUAAUACACACAACCAUGCCCAUGCAAGAUCAUGAUGUCGUCGGCCUUGAGCGCGAAGAUUUCUUUGGCAGCACACAAGAGAUUAUUACCUUUGCCGAGGAGGGAACACAAUAUCGGCAGUACCGUAUAGUCGAGUUUGCUCCUCAAAAGGCGCGUGUUCCAAACCAAAAGAUAUCCAUAAGGAGUGCGCAAAUGCACAUUCGCAUCGAAAAGCAGCAGCAGCAGAAUGAAUGGGACGCUAGAGCCGAAGCCCAGCAUCAAAUACAACAUUCGACAAUGAAGGGUAAACGGAAGAACAACCACGCAAAUCCACAACGGCAAAGGAUUAAAAUUUGGGUAUUUCGAAUGACCGAGGGCAUAAAUAUAACUGAAAAGGCAAUUGAUCAGGCCUUUCUGUUUCGGGCAUCCUUUGAAGUGGACACCGAUCACCUGGGUUGGCAAAAGUUCGAUCUAACCGAAACGAUUCGCGAAUGGUACCGCGAUACAAGCGGUGAAAAUCUGCGUCUACUGAUCGAUUGCACUGGCUGUGGUAGCCAAUACUCACUGCACCUGUUCCAGUGGUCGGCACCCAAUGCCUAUGCCAAGAUGAAGACUGCCUCGGGUCACGUGAAUCCGAACCGUCCAUUCCUUGUGCUCCACACUGAAUCGACUCGGCCAAGACGUGUCAGAAGACGGGCGGUCGAUUGCGGCGGCGCCUUGAGCGGACAAUGCUGCAAGGAAUCGUUUUAUGUGUCGUUUAAGGCGCUCGGCUGGGACGAUUGGAUCAUUGCGCCAAGGGGAUAUUUUGCUAAUUAUUGCAGAGGCGAGUGCACUGGACCCUUUCGAACACCGGACACAUUUCAAACAUUUCACGCACACUUUAUCGAGGAAUAUCGCAAAAUGGGCCUGCUGAAUGGCAUGCGACCCUGUUGUGCUCCAAUUAAAUUCUCAAGCAUGUCCCUGAUAUAUUACGGCGACGACGGUAUUAUUAAACGUGAUUUGCCCAAGAUGGUCGUUGAUGAAUGCGGCUGUCCUUAAUCACUCGAGUAUAUCUUUUUGUGAAAAGCGAAGAUAAAAUGGACUGGAAUUACUAAGCUUAACUAUUUGCCGUCCUUUGAAAUCAUAAGAUAAUAGCUCCACUCCUAAAUACUUAAGGGAAUGUUGGAAUUAACUCCAAACAAUUAGCCCCAAUUAAAAUUAAAUAAAUUUUAAAUGUAAACAUUACCUUUGGGUAAUAUUGGCAUAUAUUGGCAUAUUUAAAUUUUAAAGUCAAGGGGACGAGUAUUUAUUCUAUGUAUGUACGUAUUUAUAUAUCUAUAUCUCGAAUUAAAGUUUACAAAGUGCCUAAAUCAGCGACAAAAAUACUAAA